AUGGCGAGUUGCAGGGGAGCUACGUUUCGUAAGAAUCUGCCGGCAUUAACUUGUUCACCAGAAACUGUCUCUGAAAAUCUGGAAAAUGAAAUACCUAUGGAUGUAACUGAGGAAAUUUCAGGCGAUACAGACUCUGUCAGCUCGGAUGAACCCGUGUUGUCUCAAUCGACGGCAAAGUUAAGCUUACCUGUGAAACUGACGCGGGAAAACGCCCGCCAAAAUAUUGCCGCUGUUGAAUCCGGCCCGAGCAAGACUGUAUCAGGUUGGUAACGUACAGUAUGGUUCUCUUCAAUAGAUAGCUAAGCUAUUCAUCAACCUAAAUGUAUCAUUUUCCUCCUUUAUCAGAAUGGUCAGUACUGGAAGUCAAGGAUUGGGCGUUGAGGACUUUCGGGAGCGAAAAUGUCGCCGAAAAGUUUGAACAGGAGGAGAUUGAUGGACGUAUACUUUUGUCGACUGCUGUUCGGAGUAGUGAAGCUAUGGAGAAGUUAGGACUCGACACCAUUGGCAAGAAAGGGAAAUUUACGGAGAAAAUAAGUGAACUCGGCGCAGGACCCAGUGCAGGUAUAUAUUUUUAUUUACUCCUGUUUAAGCCUCUAAAUGGAGUAGAGCUUUAGAUCUGAGGACGAGGACGAUUACGUGUGCGAGAGUUUACAGUCGUAAAUUUUUUUGGCGUAUUGUCAAAAACAAAAUAGUGCGGUUAUUUUUUGGAGAAGGUUUAGCUCUUUCCCUGUUGCAAAGUGGUUAAACAUCGAAAAUUUGAUAACUUGUUCCCGCCACUACGACAGGUCGCCUUCGAUUAUGAGCUGCUUUGCAUCGUUGUUUCACUUUUAGGCUGUAUUUGCGCGACAUACCUUAAUUCUGUGCAGCGUCGUUUUUUAGCACAAUAUUUUUCCUUCCCUAUCUGUCAAAAAGAUUCCAUUGUGCUGUAAUACGUAGUUAAUUGGCCAUGUUACAGUGUAGUUAGCCGUAGAGAACCACAGAAAGAAUUCUGCUUGCCUUGAUUUGUUCUAGUUUAAUCAAAUGCUAUUUUUGAUAGAUUAUUUUGCGUUUGGACCAAAAAAAUUUUCAUGAAUCCGUAACCGAAGUUUGUUUUGAUAGUGUAAAACAGUAGGACUUAUAUGUAGGUAGGUGCAUUGGAAAUUAUGUAAUGACCAGAUUUUGGUAUGCAUACAUGGUAGCUUAUGUUAUCAUAUUAACCAUUCGCUCUAUUUACUGAACCCAAUUUAAGGAAGAAGUUGUGAGAGGGAGAAGCCCAUGUCAAGAACUGAUUUUUCUUUGGUAGACAGAAUACUGACCAACACAGAAAAAAAUCAAAUGAAUACAGCGGAUCGGGCCAUUUAUAACACAAAGUAAGUCUCCAGAUAUUUGUUUUUGAUUGUUGUAAAAACUGUGAUUUAGCAUCUUUUGAGCUGUCAUUAGCCACAUACAAGUUAGUGAGUGUAAUUCUUAAACACUUACUUUAUGAGUCAAAGGAUGCCUUGUGCCAAUCACAAAAGCCAGGGUUGGGCUUGGAAUUGAUGGAGCCAUUAUCUUCACAGCCCUACAUCUGAUAUAUCAUCAAAACUAUUUAUUGUAAAUUUGAAGCACCAUUUAUAUACUCUCCAACAUUGUGAUCUACAGUUUAGUCAUUUUAUCCCUUGCUGCCCCUCUUUAUUACAGGAAGAAACGAAUCACCAAUUACAUAAAACAGGUGUGGCCACCAGGGUCCCCGGCACCACGGUUUCGAAAUAACCUAGAAGCUACCAAAAGAAUGCUUACUGUUGUUGACACGAUGGCCAAGGACGAGGAGUUUACUUUAGGAAGACUUGGGUUGGGAAGAAAUGCAAUAAUGCAAAUUAUCAGAAAGCAUAUGGAUGAGCGGCGGCGUAAGGAAUCUGAGCAGCUGGAAGCGACUGGCAAACUGUUUCCUGUGAGUGGCAGUGAAAGUGAUACCACAAGUAAUGUGAGUGGAGACAGCCCAGAAAGUGAUGAGGGAAAGUCAACUAAAUUAGAGGACUACUACAACACAGGUGAGCCAUAUAUGUAUAUUUCAGAUACCUUUCUGGUAUAUUUUGUGUUGUGAUAAUUAGUUUAUCAUUUCAAUAAGUUAUCAGUUUUUUCAGAGCCACCAUAAGUUUGUGACCUUAAAAAUUAUAUAGCUCUGUAAUCUAUGUACAGAUUCUGUAAAGAAAAUUGGUAAAUUCUCUUUGGUGACUAUUAAACAAAAAAAAAUCAAACUAAAGAAAAGUCACUGUAGCUUUUGAGUUAUUAGUGUCAAAAGGUAAAAGUAGGGUAAUUUUGAGCACCUUUUGGAAUUUCAUUUUAUUCAUUGGCAGUUGAUGUGUCUAUAUACUAAGUGUCUUUUCUGUGUUUCAGAGCUCACUUUAUCAUCAGCAGAAACCAUUAUUUUGGUAUGGCUGGAAAGAACAACCAUCAAUGAUGUACACCUUAUCAAGGACCUGAAACCAGUUGCCAAAAAUCUUAAACUGAAACUGCUGAGGAACAAAGACAAAACUGCUCACAUCCGUGCUAUUGCAAGUACCCUUUUAAAACAGGGGAAGGUUAAG